GGCAACAGCCUAUAGCCUAAACCGUUGGGCCUAAUGGGAUGUAAUUUUGGACAGGAAUUUAUUAUGAAAUGUUUUGGAAUUGGAAAUAGGUGUUUAAGCUUCUGCUUAUGUAGAUAAGACUGUUCUUACAGGGAUUUUCAAAAUACAUUACCUAAGACAGUGAAGUUGCGGAUGAUAGAACUUGUAUAGAAGUUUCUUGUGUCAAUUUUAAGCUUCUAGAAGUAAAAGAUAGUUGAUAUAGCGUUUUUUAAACUUCACUGCUUAAGAGGAUGAAAUUGGGGAUGAAAUUUUGCAUGGAAGUAGAUUUUUGAAGAUUUAGUCAUGUCAACAAAAGAUACCGAACGCUCCCGAAGGAGACGAAAAGUAAAUAAUAUUCCGAAGGUGAAAAAAGUGCCGAAAACAGGAGCAGAGCGCGGUCGUGAAUACAGAGCUCGAAUAAAAGAUCUUAAGGAUGCAGGCUUACCGAUAACGUUGAGGGGAGCUUUGAACGUUGCUGAAAAUCAAGCAGAACGUGCUCGCGAAUAUAGAAAACGGAAAAAGCCUCGCAGAAUGCAAUCAAUUCACAACUCAUGAUCGAUACAAUUCAUUCACACUUCGAUAAUACUCGAGUGUUUGAAGAAAUAUCUAAAGAACCUAUCUAUGUAGGAACAUCAACUGCAAGCAGACAAAAAUCCAGUUCGCGAAAACAACGAUAUGAAAAGGUGCAGCCUUUUGACGGUCUCCCACAACUUAUUUGUAAGAAAUGUGAAUCAAUAUUGAGUCAAUAUGCUGAAAUAAAAAAAAAGUUUCAGGAAAAACAAAGUGGUCUAAGAAAAAACAUAAAAGAAAAUAAUAAACCUAUGGUACCCAGUACAAACCAACAACAGGAUACUGUUAGUUCCACACAGCAAGUUGAUAGUGAAUGUAAUACUCAAAUCAGUAAAACAAUACAAAAAGAUAAUAAGAUUUUUGUAUCCACUUGUAGAAAUUCAUCUUUAGACAGAGAACCUGCUAAAGAUAAUAGGAAACUGCUUGGUGUAAACAAAAAUGUAGCGAAAAGAUCUAAUUCAGUUUGGAAGAACGAUUAUGAAAAGAACUUUGUUUGUAGAUUUUGCGCCAAAUCCUUAAAAAACAAAAAGAGUAUUGUACAUCAUCUAAAGCAGUGUCAUUUAUUAAGAAACUACUCAAAUGUCAUUCGAAGGUGUGUUAUUACAAUGAAUAAAAUUGAUUCAAUUCCGAAUUUAACUUUUUCAAAUGAAAACGUUGUUCACGGCACAGAUAAGAUUAUAAACUCCCAACUCAAAAACUAUUAUAUUCUCUACACAAAAAAAAUAAAUGUGGUAAAAAGUAUAUCAUCGGAUUCAUCCGAUGAGGACUUUUCCAUACCUCGUAAAAAGCGUAAAAGACUUCGACUGUUUUCAAGAAGUUCAAAUGAAACACUAGUCAUUGAAAAUAAUAACACUUCUCCGAGUUUUGUCAAGUCAGAUAGAAAAGACGAAAAACAAAAAGACACCAACAGUAAUGAAAAAGAAUUAACAGACGUAAGUGAUAUUGAACUUAUUAAUAUUGAUGAUUCAGAUAGCGCAUCAACAGCAAGUAGAACUACGCUGAAUAAAGCAGAACCUAUCCAAGAUGAAACACCUCAAGAAUCUACUAUUGAAAACGAUAAAGUUAUACAGAAUAUAGUAAAUAUGUGUUACAACAAAUAUUUAAAGAGGUUAAAUACGAGUGGCAAGAAUUCGAAGGACACAGAGAAUGAUGAAUCUUUCUUACAGCGCAAACUUUUAAGUAUGGGAAGAAAAGUAAUUCAUAAAAAAGGGCUUAUUUCAACUGGACUAAUAAGAUACAUGGAGCAUAAAGAUCUGAAUGUUGAUUGGAUACCAAAAUGUACAGCAAAUGUUACUAUAAAGACAACAUUGAAAGAUAAUAGUAAUAACGAAAGCAACGAACUUAAUUGGAAAUGUAUCAAAGAUGUUGAUAAUACUUACACGGAUAAAGAUUUUGUCGAUAUUUUUGAGACAAUGGAUAAGGUUCGAAAUGUAGAACAAAGUUCACAAAUAAAAGAUGUUAGAGAAAUUGAAAACAAUGUAACACUUGAUUUAAAGGAUGGUGUACAUUUAAGUAAACAAUCAAAUUAUGAUGAUAGUGCCAAAGUAACUAACAGUUCUCUAGCUUUAGUUGUGCCAUACGACAAAAACAUAUAUGAGAGAAAAGUAGAAAAUUCGGUCUUAUUCAUACGCACUACUCCAGAAACCGAAAAACAGACGAUAUUGAAAAAGCUCUUAAACGAAAAUCCUGUUGCUAAUCCCAAAAAACUACCAAAGAAGGCAACUCCAGUGGAAUUGUUCACAUUGCUCACAAACUCAAGUUCUACCUCAAAAACGGACACUUCAUCAAACAGUGAAAUUUCGAACAAUAUGAGUGGAGGACACAUGCCAAUUAUAACUUCUACGAUGUCACUAGCUACUUUAAAUGAAGACGAAAAAAAUAAAGAAAGUGUUAACAAACCAGAGUCAGAAACUAAUAAAUCGUAUUUAGCGUUACCUCGUAUAAAAGUUAAGUCUGUAGCUGACCUGAUGCCAGAAAAUACUGUUCCAAAAAGUUUUAUAGGUCCGUCGAAUUCUUGGACUUCGUGUCUUUAUAACGACGAUCAAAACGGACGUGUUCAGAAUAAAAAUACUCGUAUGGCGUAUAAUGUAACAAAUAAUGAAGCAAGUUAUAUGAAUAUAAACUCUCAGUGUCCUAAUACAAACAGUUAUUCACAAUACGAUUUAAAUAAAAGUACUGAUAAAGGCACAUUAGUUCCAAAUUCGAAUGAAUCACCAGGAAAUAAAGAGCAAUAUGUCAUAAUGCAUACGGUUGAAUUACCUCACACAAAAACAAAAUCGCCAUUCCGAUAUCUUCAACAAUUAUUACAAAUCCAUAACAUUGUCUUAUUAAGUAACGCUGAUAUCGUUUCAAGUAAUAUGUCAUGUCUCAUUAAAUUUAAAUUGGUAUUCCAUCAAGAAUCUAGUGUUGCUGUUACAUUGUGUUUAUCAUUUUAUUGCAAACAGAAUACAUUCUGCAUUAGGGUAAUGGAUAUUAAUUCAAAACUUAUAGACAUUGUUAAACUAUCCGCAUAUUGGCAAUGGGAAAUUCUUAAGGAAUUUAAAGGUAAUGUUGUGCCUAGACUUUAUGAAAACGCUAGUAAGAUUAGCCAAGAUAUAUUGCAACAAACUUAUCAUUUUGUAAGAUUUCUCAAUUCUAUUGAGUUUUCAAAAUAAUUACUUACAUUGUCAGACUCGGGACAUUUUUAUAGAUUUUCAUACUAAGUCAUGGUGUUCAAUACAGAUAUUGUAUGUCGAGCUUACAAAAAAGGAGGAUUGGAGAUGUUUUAUAUCUUUUGUUAUAAAAUGUAAAUAAAUAUCAUAAAAUGCUAUGCAAAAUUUUAUAACCAUUAUAGUUUAUCGUUGGACUCGUUAUUAAAGUGGUAGGGAAUAUUGAUUAUUUCCAAAGUAGUUGACAAUUAUAUGCCAAGAUAAUUGUUGUAAAUAAAUACUGCUGUUUUUACUUAAACAUUACUGGUUUGAUAUUAGAUUUAAAAAGUUAACUUUGUAAUUAUUAUAAUUUAUUAUUAUUGGGAUUAUUUAUUUUAACUAUUCCUAGUAAAAGACUGUCUACUAGAAUAUUAAUAAUGAUUAAAGUUAAAUACUUACAAGUUUGCGUAAUACCAAUAUCGUAAAGAUUAAAUGGAAUUUGUUUUUAGUGUUAAGCGCCCAAACGUCGGCUUAUAAUAGGCAAAACUGAAAAGACUUAUUAAAAUUUAGUAAGCUAUAGUAUUUAAAUAUAUUUUGUUUGGUAAACCAUACCUCAGCUCGUAUACCCUAUUUCAAUGGAAGGAGUAAAUAUAAAGAAACCGUAGAUUUCCAUAUCAAUGCAAUUUCAGUAUAGUUAUACUGCUAUACUAUGCAUUACAAACAGUUUUUGAUCGAUAUAUUUAUAAUACAACGCUAUAUCACUUAACAAUUUAUAUUCACUUUAAUUUACUUCCAUUAUUCCGAUGACAACUUCGUUGACAUUCGAGACGCCAUGUUUUGACGUAUCCAUAAUAAAUACGAAAAGAUUAAUAAUGGAUUAAUCAAGAUCUCAUCAAUUUAUGUCUAAAGUUUUAUAUUUGUAAAGACAUCUGUCGUUGGAAUAGAUUCUAGAUCAAAAGUUUGAUCAACGUAUUCGUGAGAAAAUAGUUGCUACAAUUGUCAUGAUGACUUUUACAGAAACCGUUUUCCUAUUCGGCUUUCCUUAUUUCGAGUUAGAGAAAAUAAUUAAAUGAAAAUAAUCAUUAUUAUAUUUAACUAAAAAAAAGUACUGUUAUCUUUUUAAAUAAAAUAAUUACAUAUUAUUUAGCAAAUAAAAAGUCCGAUUCGUUUGGAGUCAUAUAUGUUAAUGCUUAAAGUAUAGAGAUUUCUGUACAAAAGUAAAUAGAAUUCCCUUGUAUAUAUGAGCGAUAAUAUUAUAUUUUUAUAAUAGGUUUAAAAAAACUGAUUGAAUGAAA